AAGGGAGGGCCCCUUAUAAGGGCGGGCGCCACCAGCGUUGGGAGGGAGGCUUGGCAAAGGAACCCAGGCGAAAUAGGCGUCUCCAAGCCGGCUCUGCCCGCGCGUCUUGUUGCAGCGUUUUGGACGGCUUGGCGAGCUCGCCUUCUCGGCCCCCACCGCUAGCAGCGGCAGAAAGCCGGCAGCCUGCGGAUCAGCAGCCACUCUCGUCGCCUUCCUGCAUCUCUAGAAGGCCUGAGGCUCUUCCUUUCCUAGGUUGGUCAAAAUGCCAGAGGACCUGGUGGCAGAGAGUGAGGAAACACUACCUGCUGCAAAUGCAAGCUCAGAUGUUAUUCCCAUGCAUCUAGUAACUCAGGAAGCCAGUAUUUUGGACUCCAAAGCUGUUGAUGGUCAUACGCAAACUGAAGAGACUGCUCUGCUGAACAGCUGUGAGCAUCAAACACAAGAGCCUGUGGUUGAGUCAAAGACAUCAGGGAAACUGAGGCGAAUAUGUGCCUGUCCUCCACAAGGCAUAAUUGCCAGAAUCGUGACAAAUGUGGCAGCUAUGGUGCUGGUCUGGUCUGUGGCCUGGUCCAUUACAGGCCAAGAGUGCCUUCCUGGGGGGAACCUCUUCGGAAUUUUGUUCCUCUUCUUUUCUGCUGUAAUUGGUGGUAAAUUUAUGGGCAUCAUUAAACUUCCUGGUCUACCUCCAUUCCCUCCCCUUCUUGGAAUGCUGCUUGUUGGAUUUCUCCUCAGAAAUGUCCCACUGAUCAGUAACAUAGUCCGGAUCAAAGUGAAAUGGGCAGUUGCCCUGAAAAAUAUUGCCCUCUCCGUUAUCUUGGCUCGUGCUGGCCUUGGCCUUGACCCAAAGGCUCUGAAAAAACUGAAGGCUGUCUGCUUAAGAUUAAGCGUGGGGCCCUGCAUAGUGGAAGCAUGUGCGGCAGCUGUCUUGUCUCACUUUCUCAUGCACCUGCCUUGGCACUGGGGAUUUAUGUUAGGAUUUGUUUUAGGUGCUGUGUCCCCUGCUGUAGUUGUUCCCUCGAUGCUGAUUUUACAAGCGGGAGGCUAUGGUGUUGACAAGGGCGUCCCCACCUUGCUCAUGGCUGCUGGGAGCUUUGAUGACAUCCUGGCUAUUACGGGCUUCAAUACUUGCUUAGGGAUGGCUUUCUCCUCAGGCUCCAUCCUUGAAAAUAUAUUCCGUGGUGUGCUGGAAGUUGCUGUCGGUAUAGUAGCUGGUGGCCUUUUGGGAGUUUUCGUUUGCUACUUCCCAAGCAAGGAUCAGGCAUCCCUUGUAUGCAAGAGAGCAUUCUUUGUGGUGGGUCUGUCUGUGUUUGCUGUUUUUGGCAGCACGUAUUUUGGCUUCCCUGGAUCCGGUGGGCUCUGCACAAUUGUCUUGGCAUUUCUGGCUGGUAUGGUGUGGUCUGAUGAGAAGAGGAAAGUUGAAAAGAUUGUUGCGGUUGCCUGGCAAAUCUUUGAACCCUUCCUGUUUGGCUUAAUUGGAGCUGAAAUAUCGAUUUCAUCUCUUGGACUUGAAACAGUUGGGCUUUGUGUGGCUACACUGGGAGUUGCACUGAUAGUCCGAAUUGUGACAACAUUCCUGUUGAUGUUUUGUGCCGGCUUUGACCUCAAGGAGAAAAUAUUUAUUUCACUGGCGUGGAUCCCCAAAGCAACCAUCCAGGCUGCAAUUGGUUCUGUUGCCUUAGAUACAGCCCGAAGUCAAGGUGAAAAGGACACAGAGAUGAAAUACGGCAUGGAUGUCUUGACGGUGGCUUUCCUGGGAAUCCUGAUCACAGCUCCAAUUGGAGCGCUGAUCAUUGGCCUGGCAGGGCCCCGACUUCUACACAAGGCUCCUGAAACGAACAGUGAUGGUCAUGGACAUGAAGGAAGAGAAGAAAUGGAAACAUCUGGAGCAGUGUAAGGGUCAGGGAAUGGCCCCAGAAUCAUAUAAAUCAGUACUCUGCACUGUCUAGGUAUCACAGUGUCCCGUAGUGGCUUGCAGAAGUCUGAAAGUCCAUGGAAUACGUUGCAAUCAGAGGACUAAUGGAUUGAUUGAAUUAAAUCAACCUCUUCAGCCUUGACUUGGAAUUUCUUAAGAGCUGUCACAAGCAGAGUACAUCCUUUGGACAUGCCACUUCACUGCUGAAAUAUGAUCAGUCUGAUUUGGGAAUAUGAGUGCCAACAAAAGGAAACUUUUGAGGUGGUUCCUGAGAAUUAAUAAAGUUCUGGAGCAGGAAGGUAUACAAGAUUGAUAAUGUAAACAAAUAACUACAAGUGAGAUCUUGGAUUUUUGAAACAGCUCAUUCAUGUUCAGUAGACAGUAUGUUCCCAGUUUUUGGAAUAAACUUUCACCACCAGA